AUGGAAAUGAAGAGAGAGCAAAGCAAUGAGAUUUUGUCUAAAUGCUUGGAGUCUCUUUCAUCAGCAAAUGUGAGCUUGGAAAGGAUCAUAAAAAAUGUGGCUGUAGAAAAAACUGAUGAUGAUGAUGAUGUCAAGUUCAUUAAAGGCAUAGAAAAGAGUGAUUCAAUGCGUUUGGAAUUGGAAUUGACUGAAGAGCUAUUGGAGAAGAGGGAGUUGGAGAAUAGUGUGGUGAGUUUGACAGAGGAGAAUAGAGAUACCAACAAUUUGCUGAGAGCAGCCUUGUUGGAGAACGAAGCUGUGGAGAAGAGGUUGAAGGUGAAUAGCGAGCAGAAGAGAGUUGCCCUUUUGCAGAUUGCGGAGCGAGGUUUGCAGAGAGUUGGUUUUGGGUUUAUGAUGGGAAGUGGGAACACUGAGCAAUCACUAGAGAUUUUUUCAGGAACCAAGUCAGAUAGCAGUGAGUGUGAAGAGGAUGCAAUAUUUCGUAACUGUUUUUAUUCGUGGAUUGGAGAUCUAGACAUAUAUGUAAUUAAGAUAGUGGGGUUGUUGAAAAUAUAUAGAAGUUUCCAGGAUUUUGAUGAGGCAUCAACUGUGGAGAGGAUAAUGAAGAAUUUACGGCUUGAGAUAACUAAGUUGCGGCGAUCUUUGGAAGAAUCUAGGCUUGAAAUUUUACCUAUUGUCGAAGCACACGUAUUCGAUAAGGGUUUUUAUCAAGGUUAUGAGAGGUGGAUUUAUCAUGAGGAAGCAGAACUAGAUGUUGUUGAUGAGGUGAUUGAUGAUGAUGAAGUUGAUGAGAUGAUUCCCAUAGCGAACCUUGAUGAACAUGUUAUUGAUACUUGGAAAGAUAGCCAUUUGAGGAAAUCGACAAAAGCUUUUGUCAACGACGCAGCUCGAGAAACUUUUGAAAAAAUGACGGAAGAGCUUGAGAGGGCACGACUUCAAAGCCAGUCUCAAGGACUGACAGAGGGAUCUGAAACUGGAUCUGCUGUUGAUUCCUCGUCGAUCGAUCAGUACGAGAUUAUGAAGAUGAUGAAGUCAAUGCGUGAAGAGAUCCAGAUGUUGAGAUCUCAACAAGGUCCAUCUAGUAAUCCUCAUCAUACCAGUUCAGAGACUGAGUCACGGUUUGACAACCUUCUGCAACGGUAUUUACCAUCACAACCUGAAGGUGUGGUCGUCAAGGCACUGAUUUGGGAUGCUAAAAACGUGCAAGCGUCAAUUUGCUCUCUUACUGAGGAGUUGGAGGGCAAUCGUGAUCACCUGGCCCUUCCAAGGGAAUGCCAGGAAGGCCUCCAAGCAGUUGGCAAACUUGCCGAGUGA